ACAGAUAGAUAAAAGAUUUUAAGUUGCAUUAAAUUAUAUAAUUAAUAAUGAACUUUGCUGGAAAAGUGGUUUUAAUUACAGGAGCUAGCUCAGGAAUUGGUGCUGCGGCUGCACUGAAAUUCGCCAAGUAUGGUGCUUCCUUGGCUUUAAACGGACGCAAUGUCGAGAACCUUCAAAUGGUGGCCGAACAAUGUAGUGCGACAAGCACUGUUCCGCCGGCUUUGGUUGUCGGCGACAUUAGCAAGGAAGCAGACACGGAGCGAGUAUGGAGCGAGACUCUUAAGAAGUUCGGAAAGCUUGACGUUCUCAUCAACAAUGCGGGAAUUAUUGAGACUGGUAGCAUAGAGAACACAAGCCUGGAGCAGUACGAUCGUGUGAUGAAUACCAAUCUACGUGCAAUCUAUCACCUGACCAUGUUAGCGACUCCAGAGCUUAUCAAAACAAAGGGCAACAUUGUGAAUGUUUCCAGUGUGAAUGGAAUAAGAUCUUUUCCCGGUGUAUUGGCCUACAACAUUUCCAAAAUGGGUGUGGAUCAGUUUACUCGAUGCGUUGCUUUGGAAUUGGCUGCCAAAGGAGUUCGGGCUAAUUGCGUGAAUCCAGGUGUAACAGUUACCAAUCUUCAUCGUCGAGGUGGCAUGGAUCCGGAAACAUACAAAAAAUUCCUAGAACACUCGAAAAACACUCAUGCUCUGGGCCGCCCAGGAACUGUGGAUGAAGUUGCCAAUGCCAUUGCAUUCUUAGCCAGCGAACUGGCUAGUUUCACCACGGGGUUGAGUCUAGCUGUAGAUGGCGGACGCCAUGCCAUGUGCCCGAGAUAGACACAUUGGAUCUCUGAAACCUCCUUUUCAUUCUUAAGUUUUUACCAGUUUUUGCAUUUAUUUUGUGCCUUUUCAAUAAAAAAAAAAGAAACGUGA